UGGUCUCUGAGGGGUGGGUCAACGUCACCGGGUAGUAGGAAGCGGUUGUUGUGGCGGAGCUGAGGAUGGAGUAGAAGAGCCAGUGGAAAGGGAGGAACACAAUGACACGAAGCCCCGUGCUUGUGAGGGGCGCUCGGACACAACCCUUUUGCGUGAACGGUGCUUUCGUGCGGAUCUGAAAGCUGCCGCAACGGCGUUGCCUUUAUUUGCGUGUUUACAGCGAUGUGCAGUUAAUCGGGCGUGAUGAUAUGGUGUUGCGUUCACGGAACUCCUGCGCGGUGUCACUAUCGCGGAUUUCUCGACCCGACACCGGAGAGGCUUUAUUAUUAUUAUUAUUUUUACUUCAAUGCGUUAGAUUUGUAGUGUAUUGAUUCUUACCAGUGAUAUUCGUUGUUAUCGUGGGAUUUAUUUAUAUUGCUGGUAAACGAUGUCCACACUGCCUUUGAUUUUUUAGCUAAAUUGACUCGCGGCGCGUGCUGGGGGGGGAGUCACGUGACAUCGUGGCGUCGUCUUGCGAAGUCGCUUAGGAAAAAGAACUACAGGGGGCCGAGACACCUUCCAAGACGUAUCACCAUGGACGACUCUGGCAUCAUUCGAAGAAGAAGGCUCCAGAAGGAUCUUCCACUGCCACGGAAAAGUAGCAGUUGCAGAACAAGUAACCGGAAAAGCCUCAUCCUGACCAGUACGUCUCCCACCCUGCCCAGGCCUCACUCCCCACUGCCUGGACACAUUGGAAGCAGCCCAUUGGACAGCCCACGCAACUUCUCACCAAGUGGUCCCGCCCACUUUUCUUUUGCUUCUUCAAGAAGGCCUGAUGGUCGUCGAUGGUCCCUGGCUUCGCUUCCUUCCUCGGGAUAUGGCACCAAUACUCCCAGUUCAACGUCGUCCAGCUCGUCCCAGGAACGUCUGCACCAGCUCCCCUUCCAGCCCACCAUGGACGAGCUGCACUUCCUGUCCAAGCACUUUGGCAGCACGGAGAGCAUCACGGACGACGACGGGGGGCGCCGCUCGCCGCACGUCCGUCCUCGCUCUCGGAGCCUCAGCCCGGGGCGCUCGCCAUCCUGCUACGACAAUGAAAUAGUGAUGAUGAACCAUGUGUACAAGGAGCGCUUCCCCAAGGCCACAGCUCAGAUGGAGGAGAGGUUAUCAGAGUUCAUCCACAACUACUCCCCAGAGAGCGUUCUGCCUCUGGCCGACGGCGUCCUCAGCUUCAUCCAUCACCAGAUAGCCGAGCUGUCUCGAGACUGCCUGACCAAAUCGCGAGAGGGCCUCAUUACUAGUGUUUACUUCUGUGAACUUCAGGAAAACUUGGAGAAACUCCUGAAUGACGCGUACGAGCGCUCCGAGAGUUCGGAGCUCACCUUCGUCAUCGAGCUGGUCAAAAAGCUCUUUAUCAUCAUAUCGCGGCCGGCCAGGUUGCUAGAGUGCUUGGAGUUUAAUCCGGAAGAGUUCUACCAUCUGUUGGAAGCAGCCGAGGAUCACGCCAAGGAGGGCCAGUUGAUGAAGGCGGACAUCCCUCGAUACAUCAUCAGCCAGCUCGGGCUCACCAGGGACCCCCUGGAAGAUAUCGUGAGUCUCGACAGCUACGACAGCGAAGGACAACACACGCCAGAGACCGAUGACUCAACAGAGGGUAAGGGGAGAGCCAUCAAGCCACCAAGUGAGGAAGACUUUCAAAGCAUCAAACUAAUCAGCAAUGGCGCUUAUGGGGCCGUGUAUCUGGUGCGCCACCGGGAGACCCGACAGCGCUUUGCCAUGAAGAAAAUCAACAAGCAGAAUCUGAUCUUGAGGAACCAGAUCCAGCAAGCCUUUGUGGAGAGAGACAUUCUCACCUUUGCGGAGAACCCCUUCGUCGUUUCCAUGUUUUGUUCCUUUGAAACGCGCAGACACUUGUGCAUGGUGCUGGAGUACGUUGAGGGUGGUGACUGUGCCACCUUGUUGAAGAACAUUGGUGCUCUUCCGUUGGAGCUGGCCAGGAUGUACUUUGCUGAAACUGUUCUGGCCCUCGAGUACUUGCACAACUAUGGCAUUGUUCACAGAGACCUGAAGCCAGACAAUCUAUUAAUCACCUCCAUGGGCCACAUCAAGCUGACCGACUUUGGCUUGUCCAAAAUGGGCCUGAUGAGCCUCACCACCAAUCUAUACGAAGGACAUAUUGAGAAAGACGCCAGAGAGUUCCUGGAUAAGCAGGUGUGCGGGACUCCAGAGUACAUCGCCCCGGAGGUGAUUCUCCGUCAGGGCUACGGAAAGCCGGUGGAUUGGUGGGCAAUGGGCAUCAUCCUCUACGAGUUCCUUGUGGGCUGUGUGCCUUUCUUUGGAGACACUCCUGAGGAGCUGUUUGGGCAGGUCAUCACUGAUAAUAUGGUUUGGCCUGACGGCGAUGAUGCCUUACCUGAGGAAGCACAAGCCCUCAUCUCCGCCCUGCUGCAGACCAACCCCCUUGUGAGGCUGGGCACAGGUGGAGCGUUUGAAGUGAAGGAGCACCCAUUCUUCACAGAGCUGGACUGGAACAGUCUGCUGCGACAGAAAGCCGAGUUCAUCCCUCACCUGGAGUCGGAGGAGGACACCAGUUACUUUGAUACACGCUCCGAUCGUUACCACCACAUCAACACUUACGACGGGGACGACACCAACGAUGACGAGCCGGUGGAGAUCAGACAGUUUUCCUCCUGCUCCCCUCGAUUCAGCAAGGUGUACAGCAGCAUGGAGCAUCUCUCUCAACUGGAGCAGAAAACGUCCACCUCCGGGUCCCGUCGGGAACACAAGAGCUCAAGGGAGGACAAGGUGACCAAGAGAGAGAGCCUGGGAAGCUUCAGCAUGCGAGACAAGAGUUGGAGGACUGGAUCUCCUGAGAUGAAGCGCCUCUCCUGCUCAGAGUCGCUCUACAUGGAGGGUGACGCCAGUCCGCCUUUGGGCGCACGGCGACGAUUCUCAGCGCUGAUGGACACGCAUCGUUUUGCCUCCCCCAUCGAGGGGGAAUCGGACUUUGUGUCCAGGCCGAGCCCCAUCAGGGUUCGGGGAACUUCCCUGGAUGGGACCGGUGUUCCAUCCAUACACCACAUGGAGUCGAGGAGCAGUUUGAAAGAAAUCAACGGAGCCGAUAAAUCACCCAAGCAAGGAGAGACGCCUGGAGUUGUGAGCAUUAACACGUUGGGUCCAGCUCCUCCCACAACAAUCGGUCGCGAUGUGAUGACACCUCUGUAUGACCCCCUGGGGGCCCGGGCCACCAAUGACCUGGUCCUCAGGAGGGCGCGUCACCCGCAUUUGUCUGGCGAUGGGGAGAAACGUAACUCCAGAGCUGGAAACAAGGUCAUCAAAUCUGCCUCGGCGACAGCUCUAUCUGUCAUCAUACCAUCUGUGGAGCAGCAUGGUGGCUUUUCUCCAUUGGCCAGCCCCAUGUCCCCCCACUCCUUCUCCUCCAAUCCCUCAUCUCGCGACUCGUCGCCCAGUCGAGACUUCUUCCCGACUGUCAACGUGCUGCGCUCGCCCAUCACCAUCCAUCGCUCUGGAAAGAAAUACGGCUUCACCCUCAGGGCCAUCAGGGUCUACAUUGGAGACAGCGAUAUCUACAGCGUCCAUCACAUAGUUUGGCAUGUGGAGGAAGGUGGUCCAGCCCAGGAAGCUGGUCUGUGUGCAGGCGACCUCAUCACUCAUGUGAACGGUGAGCCGGUCCAUGGUCUGGUCCACACUGAGGUGGUUGAGCUCAUCCUCAAGAGCGGCAAUAAGGUGACAGUGACAACCACGCCGUUUGAGAACACCUCCAUUAAAGUGGGUCCUGCCCGCAAGGCCGGUUAUAAGUGCAAGAUGGCCCGGAGACACAAGAGGACCAUUGGCAAGGACGGUCAAGACAGUAAGAAACGAAGCUCGCUGUUCCGCAAGAUCACAAAGCAGUCCAAUCUCCUCCACACCAGCCGCAGUUUAUCCUCUUUGAAUCGCUCGCUGUCCUCCAGCGAGAGUCUUCCCGGCUCGCCGACCCACAGCCUCUCUGCCCGCUCCCCGACUCAGGGGUACCGUUCCUCCGCUGAGCCGUCAUACCUGGGCGCUUCAUCUCAAAGCAGCUCUCCAGCCUCAAGCACUCCAAACUCCCCCGCUCCCUCUCAGCACAUGCGGCCCAGUUCCCUUCAUGGCCUCUCCCCCAAACUCCACCGUCAGUACCGCUCUGCCCGUUGCAAGUCCGCUGGCAACAUCCCCUUAUCCCCGCUGGCCCACACCCCAUCCCCUACCCAGUCCUCACCCCCUCCUUUACCGGGCCACACCGUGGGAAGUUCCAACACCACUCAGUCCUUCCCCGUCAAGCUCCACUCGUCCCCCCCGGUGGUCCGUCCCAGGCCGAAGAGCGCGGAGCCGCCACGCUCGCCCCUUCUGAAACGCGUGCAGUCGGCAGAGAAGCUCGGCUCGCCUUUAACCCAAUCCAGUACAACGGGAGGACUCGGGGGUCCGUUGAGGAAGCACAGCCUCGAAGUGCAGCAUUCCGAAUACCGCAAGGACGCCUUCCUGUCUGAACUGGGACUCCAGAGUCUGCUGGAGACAGAUGGGGAGAGUCUGCCACCUAAUCCUCCACCCCUGCCGUGCUCCUCGUCUUCAGCGAGCUCGGAGACUCGUGUGCUGAAGCCCGUGAGGAGAUUAGGAAGGCAAGAGUCGCCGCUUAGCAGGGAGACGUUGCUGGCUAGCAGAGAGAGGGAAGAGAAGGAGAGGGGAAGGGAGCGAGAGAGAGAGACCGGGAGCGAGUCGGUCCAGGAGCGGUUGAGCCGGGUCGAAGCGGCGGCACUCCAGACAUCCUUGACAAGAAGACAUCACGCAGAGACCUUGAGUUCAAGACCAGGUGGAGAAACAACAACGACCGCUACGAGCAACUCCGCCAAAAGAGAAGAAGGUCCAGAAGGGCACAAAGGGUCCGAGAAGGUCACUCAGCGUCCAACUCCCAAACAACUUGACUUCAAGGCCGCCAAAAGCAUACUAUUUGGUUGUAAAUCAUCUCAAGAGCACCUUGUAGGAAGUGGAAGGGAAACCAAGCAGGAGGGAGACACUAAUAACGGUCCUUGUUUACGGAAAAACUCCUCCACCACUCCUGACAAAAUCAUCAACGCUACACUGAUGGGUAGUCCACUCGCUUUGCGGAAAGCCUUUAAACCCUCAGGUAUGGGGGACAGCUUGAGAAAAGCUGAGAGCACUGACUCAAGAACUUCAGACCUGAGCUCCAAGAGCCCCAAGCUGCCCACUCGGAUCCUUGCCCCCGCAGUCCCCCCGCACGGACCGCAACUGAGUCUGGCAAAGGUCCGACAGGGUCUGGGGCAAGUCAACUGCUAUCGGGGAACCCUGGACUGGGAGGACAAAUGUCGCCUGGAGGUUCUGGAGGAGCAUUCUCCCUCUCCGUCGCCCUCCCCCACCGCGGUCACCCCCUCCCUCUGCGGACCCUCGCUGUGUAAGUCGCGGCCAGUCUCCCCCGGUGACAAGACGAGUUUCGUCAGCCAGCUGACUACCGUGGCCAAAAACGUGCUGGGCCCAAUCAAGCUGGGCUCCCAGGAGGGCUCCAGAAGCAAAGAGCAGCAGAGCAAGACGGUGGACGACAAGCAAGCGGCCACAGCUGCGAGAUGUGACCCUGCGGGAGGUGGUCGGGGGCUCGUGGCCGCGGUGACCCAAAGCCCCGCAAGUUCAUCCCAAGAGAAGGCAGCCCAACCAAAAUGUGAUCCCUAAACCACAAACUAAAAUGCCUUCACGGGAGGAACAAUGUCGAGCACUUAAAACGUUGUACAUUCCAAUUUUAGAGCUUAUCAAAUCUUAUUUAUUGAUUCCAAUCAUUGACUGGUUCUACCUUCAAUGAGGGGAAACCCACUGUAAAGGUGCAUUAACUUUGGAUUAUUUUAAUAAGAAGAUUCUUAAUGUAUUGUGGAACACUUUAUCAGAUGUCUUUAUGUGUGAGUCCACGUGGAUGCAUGUCCUUUGGUAUGUACUGUACAUGUAAAGUAGGUAUAAGAAGGUCGAAAAGUGCUUUAGUCAUCAAAACUGUGAAGACCAAAUUCGGCGACUGUGUUUCGUCGUCACGCUGGAAUGUUCGCAUCGCACGCGAUGAUCGGGCUCCACGCAGCUGUUUAUUUUGGCCCGGCGGAUGGCGCUGUCAGAGGGUGCCACAUCUCGCAUGUGUGUGCGUGCGUGCAAGCGUGAGCGAGGGUCUGUUAUUGGUGGUUCCGGUGCUGACAGCUCAGGCUCAGCGCUUAUCUCCUCCACACAGGAGGGCCACCGCAGCCCUUCUGCCUCCACUAUGAUUGAAGCCUUCACACGCAUGCAUUGCCACGGGAGGCAAGCAGGUCAGCGGCUGAUAUUGCUGCCAUUUUAAUCCAGAGCUCCACGAAAUGUGUUUGCCUGACGGAGAGCCAAGCGGUCGGUACACACGGUGCUCAGAAAUGACACACCACUGGAAAUAAAACAAUAAGGGCGCCCAAUUGCUGUUAUAUACCAAAUUUCUGGCUAUGCCCCUGGGUAGAGUUUGUCAUUUUGCCAAGGGAUGUGCUGAAGCCUGAAAGAAUUUAGCACAGUUUGGG